AAGUGAAAGAAGUAGAUGUAGUUUAUGAGAUGAUGAUGGGUUAUAAAAAUAGUGUAGAGAAAAAGAAGAAUCAAUUAGAUCAUGUACAAAAGAAAUUUGAUGAGUAUAAAGUUUAUCAAGAAAGAGAGAAGAAGAAAUUAAGGGAAAGAAUA